CCGAGCUAUCCAGAAAAAAAAAAUCCCCGAAAGAAAAUGAAAGGCUGGAUGUUAAUUUACAGAAUAAUCGCAGAUAUUUAUGAUAGCUUUACAUCAUCUGAGUACGACGUGCUUCUGGCAAAGAAAGUGGAAGUGAACUGGACUCUUAUUCAGAUCCUACAGGCGACACAAUGUAACUGCUGCAUCGUUUAAGGUGGAACGGAAAAGUCGAAGAGGAUCCUGGCGAAUAGGAAGCCAACUGCUCGUCCUGGACUGGAAUGAAUGAGUUGUGAGCUCCUCGUUAGAGGCUUUUAGUGUCUGUGUUGUAUCUCGACGCCAGUCGCUCUGUUUUCCAGUAAAGGACGUUUUUUAUGAUUAUGGAUUAUGAGGGAAAGGCCAACUCCGUCGCGGAGCUCCUGUUAAGCUACAGCAGAGACCAAUCCGGCUGGAAGAUAUGCAAGAAAACGAGUGAAGUUGUGGUGUCCUGGAGACCAUCAGCCGAAUUUGCUGGGAAUAUUUAUAAAGGAGAGGGGAUAGUGAACGGCAGUCCGCAGAAAGUGUGGGAGUGUCUAAAUCCGGAUCCAAACGGGCUUCGUGUGAAAUGGGAUGACAACGUAAAGAAGUUCGAGCUGCUUGAACAAGUUUCUUCAGACACCACAGUGUGCAGGACUGUCACUCCGUCUGCUGCUAUGGGCAUUAUAUCACCUCGAGACUUCGUGGACGUUAUUUUAGUCAAGCGGUACGAAGAUGGCACAAUUACGUCAAAUGCCACUAAUGUGAGCCACCCAGCCUGUCCCCCUCAGCCUGGCUACGUGCGCGGGUUCAAUCAUCCGUGUGGCUGCUUCUGUGUGCCAGUUCCUGGGGAAGCAGGUAAAACCCAGCUGAUCAGCUUUUUCCAGACCGAUUUGGGAGGUUUGCUUCCUCGUUCAGUCGUGGAUUCCUUCUUUCCUGCCAGUAUGACAGACUUUUACUCCAACCUCACUAAAGCUGUCAAAGCUCUCAAAUAGCACUGAAAGCACUGGAACAUCCUCUUAAAGUGGCAUCCCAUUACUUAGAAAAAACCCACAUUGUCUGGUUGUUUUACAGUCAUUUUGAUUUUAGUUUUGAUUUUAGUUUUUUAAGUGUAUUGCAGAAUUUUGGAGUUCUCCACAGGCUUCUGAUGAAAAUAGCAGCAGAACCUGGUUGUGUCUAAAAGGGCCUGUAGAGAAUUUUAAUGCUGUUACAGCAAAACUUUACAUUCAUGGCCUUCCGUGUUUAAACAGCUUCAUUUUAUUGGCAGUUUUGUAGUUUGAUUGUACUGAUUGAUUUUACGUCUAAACAAAGUUGCAUUCGUAGUCCUGCAGCACAGUUGGAGCUUUUUCCACUGCUAGAGACUGGACAUCGCCACUCUUUUGAGGGAAAACUGAUGUAGCGCUUAAGUAAGCAAUGAAGCAUCUUCGAGUCCAGUCAGCUUGACUUAUUUACUGCAGUCCUGAAGGUACUGUAUAUCUAAUCAAUUUGUAAAGGGAAGCCGUUACUGCUGUGUAGCGAUGUAUCCCGGUCAGCAGUUCGGCAGCAGACUCUAAACAUUCCAUACCUCAGUUUGUUGUGUAUCUGUAUUUUAUCUUGCAUUUGGCACACAGAAAAAAAGUGCUGCAUUGAAUUAAUCACUCACCAGCCACUUUAUUAGGUACAAUGGCUUGUUCACACAAAUAGCUAAUCAGCCAAUCACACGGCCGCAACUCAAUGCAUUUAGGCAUGUA